UCGAGGUUGAUGUUUUUAUUCUAUUUUAUUAAAGGUCUGUAGUUAACACGAGCUUAAGAGAUUCUUAUGUUUUGUUCUACAACAUAAAAUACAUCAGUAAAUACCCAGUCAGCAUGUUUCUUACUUGUACGCGUCUUAAAGAAGCCGGUUGCUAACAGGUGGCUAAACUAGACUAUUAAAUGUCCGCCUGGAGCUUAGUGGAGGUGAAGCUGGUUUUAGUCUUUUCGUGGGAUUUGCUCACAUAAGAAAAAUAUAAGACAAUUAGUAUCCAUUUAAAUGACUUGAUAUCCUAUAAUAAUAAUAAUAAUAAUAAUGAUAAUAAUCCUAUUGGGACUGAUGUGCUUGAAAUAUACACACAGCUAAAACGAAUGCAGUCCAUCAUGAAGUGCUGAUUCAUCAUUCUGGUUCUGCGUUAUACUGCAGGUGUUUCUCAUAUUCACGUUUAUAUCAAUGACAGAAACAUCUCUCACUAAAAAGCAAUACAAAAAUCAAACUACGAUCUCAAAAGCAAGCAUGAGGUUGAAUCCACAGUUGAUUUAUUACAGGACUGUUGCACUACGUGUACCUAAUAAACUGGCUACUGAGUGUAUGAAGCUCUGGCCUCUUUUAAAGCUGAAUUAAAAACUCUCUUGUUUCCCUGUGUCUUUGAUUUAGUUUCCUUUAUUACAUUUGAGGUGAUUUAUUGCACUCCCUGUUUAGUAUUUGUAUCUGAUCUUACUCUUCUUUAGCUGCUCUGUUGUGUUUGUGAAGAGCCCUUUGUGCCAAACAAACACACAUAAACUUGCCUUGAAUCCUUCUUCUCAUGCCACACAUGGUUCUGGAGGGAAAGCUGCAGCCCGCUAUCACAUCACGGGACUCCAGAUGAAAGUCUUCAAACGUGGAAGUGAAUGUAUUUCAUUUGCAUUAUCAAUACUUUCUUUGUUGCUGCCAAGCACAUUCUGCUUUAAGAGCUAUAUAGGCACCCUGAAGCAGCAGAGCCACAUGUCAUACUGGCCCCGAUGCAAUGGAUCUAUUGUGAUUUGUCAGCUAUUCAUCUGUUAAAUGCUCUCUCAUGAUUUCCUUUGUGCAUGCAGAGCCGGGGGUGACCUUGAAAGUAGACCAUGUGGUGUAUUCUGAUGAUAAUUUAUUCUCACAUACUAGAAACUGUCUCACGAACAUGAUUUUUCUUCAUGCUUCGUGCCGUCGACACUCGCUGGAAACCUUUAUAGCAGCAGCCGACGUGUUCUCUUUUCAAAGAAGCAUUUCUUAGGAUUUAUAGGGUCCUGCACAUUUUGGAUUUUAGCGUCAAAUUCAAUCCUUUUGUAACCAAAUACAGGUCCUUCAGCAUUAAAUACUGAUUACCAAAGGAGACAAACCUAAAGAAAAAAAGCUUCUAAAGUUCUGAUAAACAACAUUGAAUCCAGAAGUAGGUUGAUCAAAUUGUGGGUUUAACUUUUUAUAUAAUUCUCCCGAUAACACUGAACCACAGGAUCAUUUUCAGAGACUCUCUAAGUCUGUGAAGGACUGAUAUUGAUUUAUUUCAUCAAUGAAACCCCCCACGCUGUUGGCCAACUGGAUCUUAGCUCCAAUUUCCAAACACAAGACAUGCAAACGACUUUGGUCUCAACUUCAACUGCCUUUAAUAUUUCACUUGAGGGUCUGACAAAUAUAGUAACACAGUCAUUGUCCCUGCAGUCAGGUCAGUCAUCAAGCCUGUCUCACUGAGCUUUAACUGACACACACACACACACACACACGCACGCACGCACGCAGGCAGGCAGGCAGGCAGGCACACACACACACACACACACACACACACACUCACACUCACACUCCGUUUUAAUGCAUAUUAAUGAAGGUAAACGGGCCGCUGUAGAGGAGACAAUGGAGCAGAGGAGGGCUGGUUGUGAGCACAAAGCCGUGGACUCGGGGGAAGCAGAACAGGUGCAGGGAGGACCCGGCAGCUUCACGUGGAACAGCUCACUAUAGGUUCAUCAGUGCAGGAAGGGACCUGCUAAUGUGUUCAUAUGCAUGAUGCUGAUUUGGGUUUUUUUCGUUGUUGUGGUGCCCUUUGUACUAACAUCGCCAUAUGUACAAGGAAACAGCCUUCGGUCUCUAUCAUAAUGCUCCUCUGAAUACUGACGACUAUGUGAGAGAUGUGGGACAACAUCCACAGAAGAAAUGUGACCCUAUGCUUGAAGACUCUUCAUAAUCUAAAUCCCUUUAUAAUCUAGUGUGUGGGCCAGUAGCUGCCAACCUUCAGUGGCUGGUGACAACCUAAAACAGAGCUGCGUCUAUGCGGCUGCUGGUCAGAUCGUCUAUAAGUUGUGAUGUGUGUCUCUUCAUUCUCAGAUGGGUUUUCUUUCUGAAUGUUUAUAGUCGUAAGUCUUCCAGUGAUUCCCAAGCAAACAUUAGAAUAAAUGAAAUAUGUCUGAGACUCUACGCAGGUGAGGAAUUGUUCCCGUUCUGCAAACAUCAGGCGGCACAUUCUUGUCUAUCGUCUGUAAUCUCGGGGGAUGCAGGAACAGACUGUAGUUGCAACAAUAUCUUUUAUCUGUAUUGUGCAAAGUUAUCCAAAGAUCUUUGAAAAGGAAACCUCCAAUGAUUCUAGACACACACAUCAGUUUUCUGCUCCGCUAAUGUGGAAACAGUUUUAUGAUGUUUUCUGUGGCUCUCAAAGCUUGUCAAGUCUGAGAUAUAGUCCUGUGAUGUACUGAAGACGUUCUGAGCUGAGCUUAGACUAAUAUACACAUGGCCCUGAACCACAUGUUAAGGGUGAGAGGCUAUGAGGAUGUAGGCUCCAGUGUUGAACAAACAGUCGAGGUGUCUUGGCCUCUGCUGCAUCGAUUUUGACUUUUCUUUUUCCGUUUCUUGAAAGUCGUCUGACUUCAUGGAAGUGUGAUGCAAAAUAAGCAGAAGGCCCCUUUAAAUAAACCUCAGCUGGAAGCAAACAAAGUAUCAGUCUACUUCUGUUCAUUAAAAAACAUCUGACUGUAAAUUGACCAACAGAUCAAUCCCCUGUAUAACAUAGUUAUGGGUUAACUUUACCAGGUUGAUGUCUCACUAACAAGAGAAUAAAAGAUGUAAUCAGUUUAUCUCCAACAGGAGAGAGAACUCUCUUGCAACACAAAGAGAUGCUCUUUCAGUGAUAACAGUCACAUCCUGGGAGGGAUCAGCUCGGUACCUCCCUGCUCUGCUGCGGACCCUCCUCUGGAGCCAGAGAGAACAUCAACUUGAACCAAACCACGCCCCCCUGUUUUAUUCUGGGGGAUUUAUCAGCGCCUACAUGUUGACUGCUCUGCACACUAGACCCAGCAAGAGAAGAGAGUAGACCCCCUCCGCCAGACCACUCAUGCUGACAAACACACCUAUUCACCUCUGCGGACGUUAGACUCUGCAGCUCCGACAGGAUGGAUUUCUUAGACAGCGGCUACCUGGACGCGCGGUCCCCGUAUGACAACACCUUUAAUUUUUGGAACGACUACCUCGGCCUGUCGACACUCGUGGCCAAAAACAAGAUCAACAGCCCGUCCUGCAGCCCCAACUCCAUAACAGAGUCCCUUAAAGCGACGCUGGGCUUGGAGGACGACUCCCCGGUUUGCUCCUGCGUAAUUGGGCACGGCAGGGACAGCGACGGACACCUGGACUGCUGCUCCAUCUACGAUCUCAAGGAGCGCAUCUCGCUGCUCAGGCCGUACGAGCACCUCGCGGGUGACUCGCCGCUGGGAGACAGAGACUCGCCCCCCUACAGGGGGAGCUUCGCCGGCCUCGACCUGCUCUCCAUGGACCGGAGGCGCAAACAGACUCAGAGGGGCAAGCCGGAGCCGAAGGUGUGCGUCUUCUGUCGGAAUAACGGCGCACCGGAGGAAGUUUACGGCACCCACAUCCUGAAGACGGCGGACGGCAGAGUCCUGUGCCCGAUCCUCCGGGCGUACACCUGCCCGCUCUGCAGUGCCAACGGCGACAACGCGCACACCAUCAAGUACUGCCCGCUCUCUAGAGACCAGCCGAGCCAGAGAGUGGCGAAGGGAGGCAGACCGACCGGCAAACGGCUGAAAACCUUCUGAAGCAGGAGAUGAAUGAAGUUUGAGUUGCACUGUAAAUUACUAGUGUGUAUGGCAGUGAGUU